ACUGCAUGCAGUUUGGUAUUAAAAUGUUUUCAGUACCACCAACCAUUGUGUUGUUACACAUUUGAGAUGAUAGACGCAUGCUGAGCCAUUUUAACCAUUUAUAACAUCACCUUGGUAACCGGGACUAACGGUGCUCGCGGCGAACAACGUUCCAGCCGUUAUUUUUGAGGGUGUAUCCAAAAAGUGCAGCGCUACUGUAGGCUGAACAAGCUAGCUGCUACCGUUAGUCAGGUCGGACGGCGGCGAGGCCCCAACCGGACGGGAACACGGGGGAACCAUGGCCAACAUCGCAGUUCAGAGGAUAAAACGGGAAUUUAAGGAGGUGCUGAAAAGUGAAGAGACGAGCAAAAACCAGAUAAAGGUGGAUCUGGUGGAUGAGAACUUCACAGAACUUAAAGGGGAAAUAGCUGGGCCACCAGACACACCAUAUGAAGGGGGUAGAUAUCAACUAGAAAUUAAAAUUCCAGAGACGUAUCCAUUCAAUCCACCCAAGGUGCGGUUUAUCACAAAGAUCUGGCAUCCCAACAUCAGCUCGGUCACAGGUGCAAUAUGUCUGGACAUUCUCAAAGACCAGUGGGCAGCAGCUAUGACACUGAGGACAGUCCUUUUGUCACUACAAGCCUUACUGGCAGCUGCAGAACCAGAUGAUCCUCAAGAUGCAGUGGUAGCCAAUCAGGCAGAGCAACAUAUGCAUAUAAUAUUGUGCUCCCCUCCAUCUGACACCAGAUAUUGUGCAGUACAAGCAGAACCCAGAGAUGUUCAAACAGACAGCGAGGCUCUGGUCUCAUGUCUAUGCAGGUGCUCCUGUCUCCAGUCCGGAGUACACACGCAAAAUAGACAAACUCUGUGCCAUGGGCUUUGAAAAAAAUGCAGUAAUAGUGGCGUUGUCGUCGAAAUCCUGGGAUGUGGAGACAGCGACAGAGCUACUGCUCAGUAACUGAAUCUUGACACCCUCUUCAUCUUCCUCUUGAACCCUAUCCCUCCCCCCUUACUCCUCACACAUACACACCCUCUCUCCCCUGAAUUCCUGCUGUCUCAAGGCAUCUCUUCCCCUGUUGCACCCUCUGUUUCUCAGUGGACUCCUCACCUCCACGCUCCCCCCUCUCCUCCUCCUCCUCCUCCUCAUCCUCUAUCCUCUAUCCUCUCCGCUCAUCACCUCUGCUGUACCACACUCCAAUCAGUCGCUCUAUGAGCUCUUAUCUCUGGUUUCUUUAAGUUCAUUCAACAUUCCACUCAGCGCUACAAUCAGAAAUUCAACCACAUCUUCGGCCCUUUUGAAGCAAAUGCCAGACUUAAGACCCCGCCCACGCCCGCCACUCUCCCAGCUUUUUUGGCUGUGACAAAGAAGCGGCUGUCAGCGGCUUAUCCUUGCCUAUGCAGUGCAUUUACCUUCAUUCGUGAAAACCUUUGUAGGAGUGAGUCAAGCCAUUCAAGGAGGCUCUUUUGGACCUGGUCUUGUUUUUUACACACUUGUGGGCUGGUCCUCUAAAUAGGGAUUGAGCCUUAAAACACUUAAAAUUGUUAUCUCAUUUGUAAUAUGUCUUAUCUUACCUCCACUUCAUUGAUCCUUACACAAUAAACACUAAGUAAUUUGGGGUACUUUAAAGUGACAAAGGCUACUAAAUCAGUAGUAAUUUAAAAUUUUAAAUGUUUUGAAUAUCUUGUACCAUCACCAGGAGCUUUUGUGGGCACUAUAAAGUGCAGAAACCUGAAAUUUGGACAUUAAAUUAAAUUGUGGGACAGUAAAAAUGGUGCACCAGGUAACAGACACUAAACAGACCCAGAGAACGACAAGGCUUAUUUCCUGUUCUGGAGGCCAGCUCUUUAAGUGUCACAGAGGUGUUCACACAGUAGCCAUACUCAUUUCCAUGCAACGUUUUCUCCCAACUUCAGCUGUCUUACAAAUCCAAAGCUCCUGCAGCAAAACCCAGCUUCCAUCCCCCACAACUGUUUUCAACAUGGCUUACUUCACCUGUCCCUUUCCCCCACAUUUUUUAAAACUUUUAUUUGGUUUUGGCCUCCUGCAGGAAUACACUUGGAUUCUUGUUUUUAAACUGAAAGAAAACAGAACAAACAAACAAAUAAAAUAAAAUAAAAAAGUUCAGCGGUAACACAACCUGUCACAAGUCUGGAUGGAAAUAGUUCAAAACGAGUUUGAAAAAUAUUGCAUCAUCUUAACUGCGCCAACAGAUAAAUAUGUCUAAAAUGAUUCAUCUGUAAAUAAAGAUAAUAAAGUCUGUGUAAAUUAAUCCA